CGUCAUUCUAUCACGGCCAUAUAAAAGGACGGUUUGCACUUACCCCGUUCAGUUCUGUUGAGAUCAUCAGAGAUACUAGGUUGACAAUUGCAGUGAUAUUUCGUAAAAUUAUCUGCGACUUUUUGUAAAAGCUACGAUACAUUUACAUCAGUAAAUAUGCAGAUCUUCGUGAAGACUUUGACGGGUAAAACCAUAACUCUUGAAGUCGAAGCCUCUGACACCAUUGAAAACGUGAAAGCAAAAAUUCAGGAUAAAGAGGGAAUUCCACCAGACCAACAAAGAUUGAUCUUUGCUGGCAAGCAACUUGAAGACGGACGAACGUUGUCCGAUUAUAACAUCCAAAAGGAAUCCACUUUGCAUUUAGUCCUUCGAUUAAGAGGAGGCAUGCAGAUUUUUGUGAAGACACUUACUGGAAAAACUAUUACUUUAGAGGUUGAGGCAUCUGAUACCAUUGAGAAUGUAAAGGCAAAAAUUCAAGAUAAAGAAGGUAUUCCACCAGACCAGCAAAGAUUAAUCUUUGCUGGUAAACAACUAGAGGAUGGCCGUACUCUUUCCGAUUACAACAUCCAAAAGGAGUCUACUCUCCAUCUUGUACUCCGACUCCGUGGAGGAAUGCAAAUUUUUGUCAAGACUCUAACGGGAAAAACCAUCACGUUGGAAGUAGAGGCAUCUGAUACUAUUGAGAAUGUAAAGGCUAAGAUCCAGGAUAAGGAAGGAAUCCCACCGGAUCAGCAGAGGUUGAUCUUUGCCGGCAAGCAGCUUGAAGAUGGUCGUACGCUAUCCGAUUAUAAUAUCCAAAAGGAGUCAACCCUUCAUCUUGUACUCCGACUCCGUGGAGGAAUGCAAAUUUUUGUCAAAACUUUAACCGGAAAAACAAUAACUUUGGAAGUCGAAGCUUCAGAUACGAUUGAGAAUGUUAAAGCAAAAAUCCAGGAUAAGGAAGGAAUCCCACCGGAUCAGCAGAGAUUGAUCUUUGCCGGCAAGCAGCUUGAAGAUGGUCGUACUCUUUCCGAUUACAAUAUCCAAAAGGAGUCAACCCUUCAUCUUGUACUCCGACUCCGUGGAGGAAUGCAAAUUUUCGUCAAGACUCUGACAGGAAAGACCAUCACGUUGGAAGUAGAGGCAUCUGAUACUAUUGAGAAUGUUAAAGCAAAAAUUCAGGAUAAGGAAGGAAUCCCACCGGAUCAGCAGAGGUUGAUCUUUGCUGGUAAGCAACUUGAGGAUGGUCGUACACUUUCUGAUUAUAAUAUUCAAAAGGAAUCUACUCUCCAUUUGGUACUUCGUCUCCGUGGUGGUAUGCAGAUUUUUGUAAAAACUUUAACCGGCAAAACAAUUACUUUGGAAGUCGAAGCUUCAGAUACUAUUGAGAAUGUAAAGGCUAAGAUCCAGGAUAAGGAAGGAAUCCCACCGGAUCAGCAGAGGUUGAUCUUUGCCGGCAAGCAGCUUGAAGAUGGCCGUACACUUUCGGAUUAUAACAUUCAAAAGGAGUCCACCCUUCAUCUGGUACUCCGACUCCGUGGAGGAAUGCAAAUUUUUGUCAAAACUUUAACUGGUAAAACCAUCACGUUGGAAGUAGAGGCAUCUGAUACUAUUGAGAAUGUAAAGGCUAAGAUCCAGGAUAAGGAAGGAAUCCCACCGGAUCAGCAGAGAUUGAUCUUUGCCGGCAAACAGCUUGAAGAUGGUCGUACUCUUUCCGAUUACAACAUUCAAAAGGAAUCAACCCUUCAUCUUGUACUCCGACUCCGCGGUGGAAUGCAAAUUUUCGUCAAGACUCUUACAGGAAAGACCAUCACAUUGGAGGUAGAAGCUUCCGAUACGAUUGAAAAUGUCAAAGCUAAAAUUCAGGACAAAGAGGGUAUUCCCCCAGAUCAACAAAGAUUAAUUUUCGCUGGCAAACAACUCGAGGAUGGCCGUACUCUUUCCGAUUACAAUAUACAAAAAGAAUCUACUCUACAUUUAGUACUUAGGCUUCGUGGUGGUAUGCAAAUUUUUGUUAAAACUCUUACAGGAAAAACUAUCACUUUAGAAGUUGAGGCAUCUGAUACUAUCGAAAAUGUUAAAGCCAAAAUUCAAGAUAAAGAAGGAAUCCCACCUGAUCAGCAAAGAUUGAUCUUUGCUGGAAAACAAUUAGAAGAUGGGCGUACUCUGUCAGAUUAUAAUAUUCAAAAAGAAUCAACCCUUCACUUAGUCCUUCGUCUUCGAGGCGGAAAUUAAAUUCUAUUCAUGAAUAAAAUCUGCAGACUUAUAGUCCUACUAGAUACAUUAUUAUUUUUUACUUUUAUUCAUGCUGAACUGUAAUGUGAUAUUUAUUCCACUGCUUCGUCGGCAAAUAAAAACUGCAUUUGAAGUUAAUUUUCUCUAUAUUCUAAGAAAUCUUAUAGAUAUGCAGUUUAAACAGUUUAUGCGAUGUAAUGUUCAAAUAAUAAAAUUCUAGAAGCAAGCG